UUGAUUAGUUUAAAAUACCACCUGAAGACGAACGGACACGUGCGCGGAUCCGUGCUGUAUAGUGCCGAUUGGGUUUCUUCUUGUAUCGAAUAGUGACUGCAAUCUUUCUCCUGCUCAUCCACCUCUUACAUCAGUACUGCGUGGGUCGAAAGCAGGUGGUGGAAAGCAAGUUAGGUUAAUUUUAUGCGCACUGCAAACUGCCCCACUCACUAACGGGUGGCUGUUGGGCUGAAAGUGAAUGUGGUCGGGUCAGUAGAGAAAAGCAGUACCAGACAGGGGCAGUGUACGUACGUGCUAGCAGGUCAUAUCCGACGGGUGCUAAUGAUCCUAAACGUAGAAAAUCCUGAAUAAAUUUCUUACUUCAAGCCACGUCUGAAAAAUGUGCUGUUAAUUGCAUAUUGCAUCGCACGACAGCUGCUAACAGUGCUUGCAGUCUACGGCUGGUGCAUCGACUUCUUGAAGGGAUUAAGUGUCUUGUUGGUGGUGUGAAGUUUACACAACAUCACUUGGUAGAAAAGUGAGCGACAUCCACCCGCUAUCGCACCCCACUCGCCACGGCUGGGAAAGUAGAAGGCUGACCGCAUUCAGUGGGAAUCAAAUCCUGCUUCAUUCGUGUUAUUCGGUCGAUGGUGGCAGUUGGUGUUGCUGCUGUGGUCGCUGCAGUAAACUUGAAAUGAUUUAUUAAUUGUAUACAACCGACAUUCUGAAAAAAAAAAAUCAAACCGAAUGUUGGAAAAGCUGAAGUGCUCAUACGAUACUCGGGUAUAACAAAAAUGUACAUGGAAACAAGUAACAAUCGUGCAUGAAACGAGAGCUGUAAACUAGUUAUUAUGGAUGUUAUGCUACGUAUGUGCUAGGUGAACUAGUGUGUAUAUGUUGUUUUUUUUCCGCUGGCCCCUUCGCUGGUACGCAAAUAGUGAAUACUAAUAAGAAGGAUAACAACAGCGGCAGCUGUGUACAAAGUGAAUGAAUGCAAAGAACGUGUAAUUCGAAACGCGGGAAGCUAGCAACGGUGUUGUCGGAAUUGGCAAUUUAACCUACAAACCAGUAGCAGGAAUAGAAUGCUGCCGCGACGGCGGUGUUAAUGAUUGGCGACAGUGAUAAAGAACAAAGUUACGCCCGUGACCUUGCCAACUUGUUUCCCGGCGAGCGAACCACCGUUGUUACUAGCCCAGCAGGAGCGCUCAGUGUUGCCUCUUCGAAACUGUGAGCUGUGAGUUGUUUAUCCUGGCGAGCACAUGCACACUUAAUUGAAAUAAUUCCAACAGCUCCGCGAAUGCCCUAGCAGUGCCCAAGUACGUGAGUGAAUUUAAUUACAAAAAUGUCAUUGCGAAAACGUACUCAAAUUAGUGCACGAGCCGCAGAGGAAAGCAUAUCGGCUCGAAAGGCGGUUGGUGGUGAAUGAAAGCUUGUGCUGCGUAGUAUAAAAGUGAAAAUAAAAAAAAAUCGCCAGCCUGCGUUCAUUGGUGCGCGAAAUGGUGACUCAGUGGCAGUGGUGGCAAAUUACCAGCAAAACUCAACGUAAUACAGCCUAACGGUAAACAGUGCAGUGCCGUUCCACUAUGAACACCAAGCUGAAACUAAUUGCAUCGUUGAUUAACUUCCUCGUCAUCGCUUUGGCAGACACACUGAAUCCGGAUCUUCAAAUGUACUGGGAGAACAGUAUGGUACAGCCGUACUUUGAGAACACCACCAAACGGGACCUGACGGCAAUUGCAGGACAAACGUGUCAGCUUCACUGUCGGGUCAAAAGUUUGGGAGACCGAGCGGUAUCCUGGAUACGGAAACGAGAUCUACAUAUCCUGACCGUUGGCAUUUUGACGUAUACCAACGACCAACGCUUCCAGUCACUUCACACAGACGGUAGCGACGAAUGGACGUUACGCAUCACAUCUCCGCAGGCACGGGACUCUGGGGUCUACGAGUGUCAAGUUUCGACUGAGCCGAAAAUUAGUCAAGCGUUUCGGCUGAACGUAGUUGUGUCAAAGGCCAAGAUACUUGGAAACACCGAACUGUUCGUGAAGAGUGGCAGUGACAUUAAUUUAACCUGCGUAGCACUGCAGUCACCCCAGCCACCCUCCUUCAUCUACUGGUAUAAGGGCGGCCGGGUGAUCAAUUAUUCACAACGGGGUGGCAUCAGUGUCCUGACCGAGCAGCAAACCCGAACCAGCCGGCUGGUCAUAGCGCGUGCAUCACCUUCAGACUCCGGGAACUUUACCUGUUCGCCGAGUAAUUCCGACUCCGCCAGCGUGGUGGUUCAUGUUAUCAAAGGCGAACAUCCGGCUGCUAUGCAACACGGCGUGAACGAAGCCGAUUACAUACAUAAAUCACGAUCCGUCAGAACGGCGCUGAUGGUAGCGCUCUGUCUGCAUCUGCUGCUCGGUGUACUUCCCAAUAGAUAAGGCCAAACAAACGGGAAAACAAAUUACACACAGACACAGCAGCAAUGUCAGUUAACCGUGUUAUUCUCGUUUAGGACUAAGAUUACGAAGCAGCAAACCCAUUCUUCCUUUUCUUCAGCUACACCAUCAACGUUUGCAUCGCAUUCCCUAUUCACGCAGAGGAAGGACAUCGAAUCAGCGCCAAUGGUAGCCGUGUAGCGUGGAGGUGGCGUUCUUCUCACAGACACCCACAUCAGAACAACAGAACGGGAAUACACAGUGACUCGAUUGGCAGAGAUAUUUGUUGGGACUUCGAUGGGAAGCAUUGUUCAAGAGUACGUAAAACGUUUGCCAGCCAACUCCUGCGCUCCAUGCGUGUCGAUCACGAGUCGGCAGCUGUUGAAACUAGCUGUGUCCGUCAGGCAACGCAUAACCGAAUAUGACACAUAAAUCCACCGGAAGACAGCCUAUAAUGAUGAUUGAUGGCGAAGGAAGGAUUUUAUUAGUAACUCGUAUAAAGCGCUGCGUGAAAGAUAGAUAAACGGUCUGGUGAAAUUAUUGUUGAAGUACACGAGUAGAGUGAUACACCCGUCUGCCAUGAGAAGUAUCCAAUUAAAAAGGCAAUAGGUUGAGAGUUUCGGUAAAGUACGGUUAGAUCAAUGUUGGCAAACAGGUAACUUUUAGUAUUGAUUUCUUCACUUUUUCUGUUGCCAAACACAUACAAAAUUUAUCUGCAUUGGGUUACCACAUGCAAAUCGUGAGAUCAUCUCCCAGCCAGUAUCAACAUCGUUAUCCACCUGCUCAAGGAUUACCGUAGCCUCUCUGCCUGCUCGUGCCAAGGCUUUAUCAAAUCGAGCCCCGGUUAGCUGGCAAAGUACACAGAGCUGGGAGACGAUCGAUAAAUUUAAAUCAACCUACAUCCUUUUCGUACCCUUCGUCGUAGGAAUGAUUGCGGUUAGUAGAUACCAAAAAACAAGAUUAAGAUUGUGGAAUAAACGGUUAUUACAUUCAUUUUAAUUUUGAAUCAAGUUUUUCGAAACGUACUUAAGGUUAAAUAAUUUACGUUAUAACAGCGCCAUUCUCAUUCUAGUGAAAUAUUUCUACUAAAUAAACACUGAAUCUUCCCGCCAGCACCGACAAGUGAAGAGAUGAAGCAGCGUCUCACAUAGGCAGGCACACGAAACGAUGUUCUAUACACCAAACAUGUUAAUAUUUGAUAUCACUUGCUGUCCUAAACGAAUUUCACUUCGAUUGAAUGGGGAAGUGUACGGCAACAGCAGCUCACGAACGGAACGUUCGUUUAUGUAUAAAACUGUAAAUUACUAUCAACAUAAUGUAAUGGUAAACUUCGAAAAAUAAAUUUUAAUCAUCUUGAAACCUUCAUAGUUUAAUAGACAAAAAAACACUGCUGAGCACAUAGUUGAAAGGCAGCAGAAAAAAAUUUCACAGAACCCCGCUGAAGUAAAAUUGUAUAAACGGAAAAUUAACCGAAAAAAUAUGAGCAGAGGAAUAUGAUAGCUAUAAUAGAGCUUAAGAGUGAAUGGAAUAAACUAAAAUGAAAAUAAAAUGAUGAAAUGGAAAUGUAUAUUUAUGAA